AGUCAUGAAUUCAAGCGCGUGCCCAACCAACUUUUUCUCCUCUCCAACAUUUUUAACAACUUUUGAACAUUUUCUAACAGUUUUCUCAACUCCAGUUCAUAUAUUCGGACUGUAUUGUAUCAUUUAUAGAACUCCAAAUUCUAUGAAAACUGUCAAAUUUAGUUUGAUAAAUUUACACUUGUGGACGAUUCUUUUAGAUUAUGCAUUGAGUUUAUUUAUUAUUCCAUUUAUUAUGUGGCCAAUUAUGGGUGGAAUUCCAUUGGGAAUUUUCCAAUAUAUUGCUAUAAGUACGAGGAUUCAAUUUUAUUUAAUGAUGGUUUUAAUUGCUUUAACAUCAGUCUCCAUACUCUCAAUGUUCGAGUACCGCUUCAACAUCCUUUGUGUAAAAACUGGCGGCUUCUGGUCCACAGCUCGGAAACCCUGGCUAGUUGUACACUACUCGGCUGCAAUUCUCUAUAUGGUCCCACCGUUUUGGGAUCCUAGUGAUCAAUCUAAUAUCCUCAAGAAAACCAUGAAACAAGUUCCUUGUAUCCCUGGUUUUAUCGCAGAAUACCCAUACUUCAUUCUCAGCUUGAAUAUUAUUUACUGUACAACUGUCGUGGGAUUUUUUGUGUCGGAUAUUUGUUUUGAAAUAUUAUUUUUCUUCUUUUAUAUCUAUUGGAAAAUAUUGAAACAACUGAAAGCUCGUUCAAUGUCAAAAAGAACAUUUAAUCUUCAAAGAGUACUGUUGAUAGCGUUAUUCAUUCAAGUAAUGGUUCCCCUAAAUCUAUUUAUUUUUCCAAUUGCCUAUGUGUCAUAUGCAACAGUUUUUGGGUAUUAUAAUCAGGGAUUCAAUAAUUUGGCAAUUGCAAUUGGCUCUACUCACGGAAUAUGCUCAACUGUAACUAUGAUACUAAUACACAGUCCUUAUCGAAACGUUUUGCUCCGCAACCGAGCUAAUAGGAGAUCUGACUUGGUGUCUACGAAAAUUUCAAUUGUUGUUCAAAUGACAUAA